UCUUUGGCCCUGUGACACGUAGCAACCGGGCCGGUUCAGGGUCCGAAACUGAGUCUGAGGGUUAUUUGGGGCUGCUGGAACUAUUGCCGCCGCCGCCGCGUUUGAUCAUUUGAAAUGUCAGGCUUUGAAAACUUAAACACGGAUUUCUACCAGACAAGUUACAGCAUCGAUGAUCAAUCACAGCAGUCCUAUGAUUAUGGAGGAAGUGGAGGACCUUAUAGCAAACAGUAUGCUGGCUAUGACUACUCGCAGCAAGGCCGAUUUGUCCCUCCAGAAAUGAUGCAGUCACAGCAGCCGUACACUGGGCAGAUUUUCCAGCCAACUCAGGCAUAUACUCCAGUUACAUCUCAGCCAUUAUAUGGAAACAGCUUUGAGGAUGAGCCCCCUUUAUUAGAAGAGUUAGGUAUCAAUUUUGACCACAUCUGGCAAAAAACACUAACAGUGUUACAUCCGUUAAAAGUAGCAGAUGGCAGCAUUAUGAAUGAAACUGAUUUGGCAGGACCAAUGGUUUUUUGCCUUGCUUUUGGAGCCACAUUGUUACUGGCUGGCAAAAUCCAGUUUGGCUAUGUAUAUGGGAUCAGUGCAAUCGGAUGUCUAGGAAUGUUUUGUUUAUUAAACUUAAUGAGUAUGACAGGGGUUUCAUUUGGUUGUGUGGCAAGUGUCCUUGGAUAUUGUCUUCUUCCCAUGAUCCUACUUUCCAGCUUUGCAGUGAUAUUUUCUUUGCAAGGAAUGAUAGGAAUCAUUCUUACUGCUGGGAUUAUUGGAUGGUGUAGUUUUUCUGCUUCCAAAAUUUUUAUAUCUGCGUUAGCCAUGGAAGGACAGCAACUUUUAGUAGCAUAUCCUUGUGCUUUGUUAUAUGGAGUCUUUGCGCUAAUUUCCGUCUUUUGAACUGAAUUUAUCUGGGAUGUGGACAUCAGUGGGCCAAAUACACAAAAAGGAACUUGAACUCUUAAAUCGGACGAGCAAACUGCUGCCGCACAACUCUCAUGCAGAUAUACAUUUGACUGUUGGAGCAAUGGAAGUAAACAUGUAUCUUUUGUUCAUUUUUAUAAAACUUUUGAAUACUAUAUUGGAUUUACCUGCAGUGUGACUAGCUUUAAGUGUUUGUGUUUGUACAAAUAAAAAGUGCUAUUUCUUUCCAAUUUCUGCAGCCUUUGAGAAACAACUUAUUUUCCUUGCAAAUUAUAUUAUGAUGUUUUUGAUAGAUUUUUAUCAACUGUGGGAAACCAACCACAAAGCUGAUAAUCUUUCUUAAAAACAACCCAGUCAUAGUAAAGAAGACACAAGACUUGUUUCAGAAAUAUUUGUCCAAGGAAUUAGGAAAGAAAAAUUUCUGGUACUAUUCUCAAGUCAGGUGCAGUUGAAGUUAAAAAGUGAUCCCAAUGUAGAGUGAGUUUGCACUUCAAAAAUCUGACAUUCCUAUAAAUUAUCUCAUGGAAUUUUUGCUAAAAUUCAGAGAUAGAAGUAUUUCACAAUCUAUCUUAUUGUAGAAAUGAAAUGUGAACACCUAUUUAGAUAUUAGUAUUAACUAAACCAUAAUGACCUGGACUGGCUGCAUUAAUGCUUAUAGUUGGGUCUCCACAUUUCCUAGGAGGAAGAAAAUUUCUAACCUUUUUUGAGAAAAAUAUUUAAAAUUUCACAGUUUCAGUAUCGCAGUUAUCAGUGUAAAGUUCAUUUGAUGCUUACUAAUUAAAA